CAAAUGUAAGCCAGGUAUUUCUGUCACCAUUGCUUCAAUUUGUGGCAUCAAACUCAUUAGAUGUGCAUUUGCUGAACCAAGUAGAUUGACUACAGCUCUCUUCUUCAGUGUACUUAUUUCACAUGUUGAUGCUGCAAAUAUUUCAGAGGGUUUAUUGGUUGACUUUUUCGUUUUUACCUAUGUGAUGCAAAAGUUCAAGGAAAUUUUCCUCAAACUAGGUUUUAUCAUUGUUUACAGUACUCCUCUUUCUUGGGCAUCAGGAUUCCACAUUGUAAUGCAACCUCUAGGUAUUCCAUUCUCACAAUUCUUCUUUGUCCAAUUAAUUUAUUCAGUUCUUUCCAAUUCACCAAUGUAUCCUUUAAUUGGUGGUGCAUUGUGGUUCCUGGGCUAUAGUAGAGGAGCCAAAUUCUGGGAGAAGGACUAUAGAUCCAAGAGAAGAGAUGUUUCUAAUCAAACUCUUGGUCAAACACUUGGUGGAGGUGCCAUGGAUCAACAUACUACCAACAAUUUGAAUUCCAUCUUUUAUGAACAUUUGGUCAAUGCUCUCAGAACUAGAAUGUCUGAAAUUAUGAGAAAGGGACAAUUAGGACCAUUUGAACAAGGUGAUAUUUUCAUGUUUAUUAAUGAUAACUUGACAGCCAUUGUUCACAUUAUUGAAGUUGGUAAUGGUGUAGUGUCCUAUCAAAUUAGAGGUCUCGAAUUUAAGGGAACAAUUUGUCAGGAAGAAGAACAACGUGCCAUUCUCUCUCGUAUCAAUAGAGAUCAAGAGGGAAUGCCUGGAUUUUCUGCAUGUGAGGAGCCUUGCUUCCCAGGAGCUCCAAAGGUUUCCCUUCUCUCUGCCAAGGAUAUGAUCACAUUGAGAAUGCACACUUGGCAAGUUAUUCAAACUGGAGUCAAAUUGAGGACCUAUAACAUGUUGGAAAAUAAGGUUGAAAAUUUAAUGUCUUCCAAUGAUGAAAGAAAGGAAGUGAUUGUUCUCUAUGUGAGAGCAGUUCUAUUCUAUGUUAUUCAUGCUCAACAAUUGGAUUCUUGGAUUGGUGAUGCUUCCCCAUUCCUUGAAGCUUUCACUAGAAUUACUGAUAGAAAGGCAGAUUUUGAUCCAAUGUUUUCUGAAAAGUUUGAUCCAGAUUAUGACACAGAAAUUGGUUUGGGAGGUGUUUCGUUUAAAAAGUUUGUCCAAAUCUAUACACCUUUCAUUGAUUACUUUAUUGAUGAGAGAAUGAAGGAGAAGAAUAGUAAUUAUGAUGAAAAUAAGAAGCUCAAUAUUCAAAAAUUGGCCUAUCUUGCCAGUUUGACAGCCAGAAGAGCUCUUGCCUCAUUCGAUGGAAGCAACUCUGCCAAUUCAUUGAGAACUUUCAUUCAAAAAGUUCACCAAUUGUUUGUUGGUGAUUACAGAAUUACAAGUACCAAUGAUGAAUGGGUCUUUGGAGAUUUGUCCAUUCUUGAUCAUUGUAUCAAGCCAGCUAUUGGUAUGUCUCUAUCAUUGUAUCAAUCCAAGUUCGCAGCUGAAGAUGUAGAUCUGCCAGAUGUUGUCUCUACCCUUAUCAAGUAUGAUAUGGUCAUUACACACGAAUCAGAUCCAAAAUGGAGAGAAAGUAUUAUGGCUGAGGAAGCUGCAGAAUUAUUCUCUCUUCGUAAGAAGGUUCAGGAUAAGGGUGGUGUUGAUUAUUAUAUUCUCAUGUUGUCUAUGAGAGAUAUCGAGUUUAAUAUUGUCAAGAUGAAUAGAGAGGGUGUCAGAGCCCUGUGGUCCUCUCAACAACACGAACUUUUAUAUUUGGGUGUUGAGGAAGCUGAAAGAGGAUCCAUUCAGAACAUGACCUAUACAUUGAGAAAUAUUUGCAAUUCAUGUAUGGACGUGCCAAUUGGUUAUCCUGUCAUGGUAAGCUCUGUAACUACUGCCUAUUGGUAAAAAAAUAAAUCAUUCGUAUUCGAAU